CACUCAUCCUACCCGGGACUGUAGGCCUUCCACAGCUGCAAAUUGCCUGACGACAUUAACUAGCGAAUGUUUUGAUGCGUCAUUCCUUUCCUGUUGGCUUCACAGUUGAAUAUCUCGAAGCAUAAAUAGCAGCCACAUGCCCCAGAAUUAUGAUGCCGACUCUUAGAUCUUCACACAUCUACGCACCAUUUGCAUGGUAGGGUAUCAACCCAUCGUACCCACUCGUCUACAAGCCUCGUAACUGCCAACAAGCAUGGAUAACAAGUAUGAGAGCAUUCUGGCCUCUAAGCCAUUCAAAUUCGUUGUCGGGCCUAAGAAGAAGCAAUUCAUCAUGCACGAAGCUGCGAUAACAAGACUUUCUAAGACACUUGACAAACUCUUGAAUGGGGGCAUGAAAGAGUCGAAAGAGCAUUGCGUUUGCUGGGAAGACAUUGAUGAGAAAACCUUCCUCCGCUUUGGUGAAUGGGCUUAUACGGGAGAUUACAAACCUGAAGAACCGGAAAUCCUUUUAGAUGCCUCUCAAAUUGCGACUUCUAAAACGGGUGCGAAAAAAUUAAAAAUCAUCAAACUACUAUCUCCUGCCGCCACAUCUCUCGCAUCAUUUAAGACACAGGACGAGACCUGGCACCAUUGCGCGCUGGUAGAGACUUACAACCAGAAUGUGACGUGCCAGUCUUGCAGAAAUGUCUACUUUAACACUCAGUGCUGCUCUAACUGUGACGCAAGGCAGUACACGACUUGCUCUCAAUGUCGAGCCGGAUCUAUCAAGCCAGCGAAAAAACAAACCAUGAUUGAGAAAUUCAAUAAAAAUUCUGCAUAUGCAUCUCCAACUACCCCCUUCACGCCUCGCAAGAACAAAGAGAGCUGUGAGGACUACAGCGAAGUCUUCCUUUCCCACGCUCGGCUCUACGUCUUGGCGGACAAAUACGACAUCAAAGAGCUGCGUGAUCUCUCUGCUCAUAAGAUCUGGGUUACUUUGAAGGAGUUUACACUCUAUCCGGAACGCAUGGGAGACAUUAUUGGCCUGGUGAGAUACUCGUUCCAGAAUACGCUGGAGAAGGACAAGCUGCGUACUCUGUUGAAGGAUUUCUGUGCUUGCACUGUAGAGGACUUGUGUAAGGGCGAAGGCUUUCAGGAUCUGAUCUGUGAAACACCAGAAUUUGCGUGUGAGUUGAUCAUGGAAAUGAGCACGCGACUGGCCUAAGAGCUGAGAGGAUGGAUAUCAUUCUCUUGUUAGUUGGCAUAGGGAAUUGGAUGGCAGUAAGUUAGUUAGAUUGAUACCUGGAGCCGCUAAUAAAGCGCUGAGAUUCCGCGCCAGAUUGGACAUGUGGACCCAGCACAUGUCACCACUUCCUAUCACGUGAUCCAAUUGCUCUUGAAGAUUUCGAGAUCAUCACCACCAAUAGCCAUCCAGCUGCGAUAUCCCAGAUCGCAAUACAGCCAAAAUGCU